GGGACGGACGGGAGCGCGCGCGGGGGCCCCGGCGCUGCCCGCCCCUGCCAUGCCCCGCCGCCCCAGCGCCCGCGGCCCCCGCAGCCCCGCGCCGCGGCUGCGCCCCCUGCUCCUGCUGCUCUGCGCGGUGGCGCCCGGCGACCCCGGACCCGCACCAGGACGCGGCGCCGACGGCCGCGCGGCGCUGGACGUGGUGCACCCGGUUCGCGUGGACGCGGGCGGCGCCUUCGUGUCGUACGAGCUGUGGCCACGCGCGCUGCGCAAGCGGGACGUGUCCGCGCGCCGCGCCGCGCGCGCCUUCUACGAGCUGCUGUACCGCGGGCGCCCGCUGCGCUUCAACUUGACCGCCAACGCCCGCCUGCUGGCGCCCGGCUUCGUGAGCGAGACGCGGCGGCGCGGCGGCCUGGGGCGCGCGCACAUCCGCGCCCGCGCGCCCGCCUGCCACCUGCUCGGCGAGGUGCGGGACCCGCAGCUGCGGGGCGGCCUGGCGGCCAUCAGCGCCUGCGGCGGGCUGACAGGUGUGUUCCGGCUCUCCAACGAGGACUACUUCAUCGAGCCCCUGGAGGGGGUGCGGGCCCGUCCUGGCCACGCCCAGCCCCACGUGGUCUACAAGCGCCAAGCCCCGGAGCGGGAGGCGGGGCCGGGGGACUCCGGAGCUGUAGGCACCUGUGGGGUACAAGCUUCCCCGGAGCCGGAGGCCCGGAGAGAGCGCUGGGAGCAGCGGCAGCAGUGGCGGCGGCGCCCGAGGCGCCUGCAUCAGCGCUCCGUCAGCCGGGAGAAGUGGGUGGAGACCCUGGUGGUUGCCGACGCCAAGAUGGUGGAGUACCACGGGCAGCCGCAGGUCGAGAGCUACGUGCUGACCAUCAUGAACAUGGUGGCCGGCCUGUUUCACGACCCCAGCAUCGGGAACCCCAUCCACAUCACCGUCGUGCGCCUGCUCUUGCUGGAGGACGAGGAGGAAGACCUGAAGGUCACGCACCACGCAGACAACACCCUGCGCAGCUUCUGCAAGUGGCAGAAAAGCAUCAACAUGAAGGGGGACGCGCACCCGCUGCACCACGACGCCGCCAUCCUGCUCACCAGGAAGGACCUGUGUGCGGCCAUGAACCGGCCCUGUGAGACCCUGGGCCUGUCCCACGUGGCGGGCAUGUGCCAGCCGCACCGCAGCUGCAACAUCAACGAGGACACGGGCCUGCCGCUGGCCUUCACGGUGGCCCACGAGCUCGGACACAGUUUUGGGAUUCAGCACGACGGAAGCGGCAAUGACUGCGAGCCCGUUGGGAAACGGCCUUCCAUCAUGUCUCCACAGCUCCUGUACGACACCGCGCCCCUCACCUGGUCCCGCUGCAGCCGCGAGUACAUCACCAGGUUCCUGGACCGGGGGUGGGGCCUGUGCUUGGACGACGCGCCCACCAAGGAUGUCAUCGACUUCCCCUCGGUGCCGCCCGGGGUUCUCUACGACGUGGGCCACCAGUGCCGCCUCCAGUACGGGGCCUAUUCCGCCUUCUGUGAUGACAUGGACAAUGUCUGCCACACGCUCUGGUGCUCCGUGGGGACCACCUGUCACUCCAAGCUGGAUGCAGCUGUGGAUGGCACCAGGUGUGGGGAGAGCAAGUGGUGUCUGAACGGGGAGUGCGUCCCCGUCGGCUUCCGGCCUGAGGCUGUGGACGGCGGCUGGUCCGGCUGGAGCGCCUGGUCCACGUGCUCGCGGAGCUGCGGUGUGGGUGUGCAGAGGGCCGAGCGGCAGUGCACGCAGCCUGUGCCCAAGUACAAGGGCAGGUACUGUGUGGGCGAGCGGAAGCGCUUCCGUCUGUGCAACCUGCAGGCCUGCCCCCCCGGCCGCCCCUCCUUCCGCCACGUCCAGUGCAGCCACUUUGACGCCAUGCUCUACAAGGGCCAGCUGCACACCUGGGUGCCCGUGCUCAACGAUGCCAGCCCCUGUGAGCUGCACUGCCGGCCCUCCAACGAGUACUUUGCUGAGAAGCUCAGGGACGCCGUGAUCGACGGCACCCCCUGCUAUCAGGGCCAGCCCGGCCACGACCUCUGCAUCAACGGCAUCUGCAAGAACGUGGGCUGUGACUUCGAGAUCGACUCGGGUGCCGUCGAGGACCGCUGUGGCGUGUGCCAUGGCAACGGCUCCACCUGCCACACCGUGAGCGCGACCUUCGAGGAGUCUGAGGGCCUGGGGUAUGUGGACGUGGGGCUGAUCCCGGCUGGCGCCCGCGAGAUCCACAUCGAGGAGUUGGCCGAGGCCGCCAACUUCCUGGCCCUGCGGAGCGAGGACCCGCACAAGUACUUCCUCAACGGGGGCUGGACCAUCCAGUGGGGCGGCGACUACCUGGUGGCGGGCACCACCUUCACGUACGCGCGCACAGGCAACUGGGAGAACCUCACGGCCCCCGGCCCCACCGACGAGCCUGUCUGGAUCCAGCUGCUCUUCCAGGAAAACAACCCCGGGGUGCGCUACGAGUACACCAUCCACAGGGAGGCGGACGGCCACGGCCACGGCCAGGCGCCCGAGUUCUCCUGGAGCUAUGGGCCCUGGAGCAAGUGCACCGUCACCUGUGGCACAGGUAUGCAGAGGCAGACUGUGCAGUGUACUGAACGCCAGGUGGGGCCCGUGGGUGAGAGACACUGCGACCCCCUGGGCCGGCCGGAUGACCGCCAGAGGCCCUGCAGCGAGGAGCCCUGCCCUGCCCGGUGGUGGGCCGGGGAGUGGCAGGCCUGCUCCCACUCUUGCGGGCCCGGGGGCCUCGCCCGCCGCGCCGUGCUCUGCAUCCGCAGCGUCGGGGUGGAUGAGCAGAGGGCCCUGGCGCCGCCUGCCUGCCUGCACCUCCCCCGGCCCCCUGCCGAGAGCCCCUGCAACCGCGAGGUGCCCUGUCCCGCCACCUGGGCCGUGGGGAACUGGUCUCAGUGCUCGGCUACGUGCGGGGACGGCGUUCAGCACCGGAGGGUCCUCUGUACCAAUGACACCGGCGUCCCCUGUGAUGAGGCCCAGCGGCCGGCCAGCGGGGCACCCUGCUCUCUGCCGCCCUGUCCGCGGGCCCUGGACAUGUUGGGCCCCGAGGGCUCGGGCAGCGGCUCCUCCUCCAGCCACGAGCUGCUCAAUGAGAUCGACUUCAUGGCCCCGCACCCGGCCCUGCGCCCCGAGCCCCCCGUGCCGGGCGGCACGGGCAACGCCAUCGAGGAGGACCCGGAGCCAGGCCCGCCGGGGCCUGUGUUCGUUGACGAUUUCUACUACGACUACAAUUUCAUUAACUUCCACGAGGACCUCUCCUAUGGGCCCCUGGGGGACCCCGCCCCAGACCUGGGAGGUGCAGGGGGCUGGAAGCCCCCACCCCUGAGCAGCCCUGCUGAGCCCCCCGCAGGCACCCCCCUGCCGGCCUCAGAGCCUCCUGGGGCUGAAAAGGAGGGGCCGCUGGGAGAUGGGCUCCCUCCCCCUUGGCCCGGCCAGCCUGGCCUCUCCCCGACCCCACCCUCGGAGCAGACCCCUGAGCACCCCCUGGUCAAUUCCUCGCCCGAGGAAGACAUCCCCGUUGCGGCCCCAGACUUGGGCCCCCCCGGCUCGCCCUGGCCCCCCACUUCAGCCGGGGGCACGGAAACACCAGCUGCUCCUGGGAGCCGAAACGGGCUCCUGGGAGGGGAAGAUGGCCAGAGCCGGAUGCCCCCUCCGCGGUGGGAGAGGACCAACGAGCUCGAGGAGGAGGAGGAGGAGGAAGAGGGGGGGGGUACCGUCCCCCCCCAGGGGCCCCGCCCCACCUCACCCCCCUUGUCCUCCUCGGGCCCCAGCCGCUCCUCCCCGAGUCCCGACGCAGGAUCGCUGUGGACAGCGGGGGCUGGGGCCCGGGAGCCAGCUCUGAGCAGGGCCCCGGGGCCUGUGGACAGCACGCUGGGGCCCAGCGCCGGGGGGGCUCCUGCGCCCCCUCCCCCGCCGAGCGCUCUGCCAGGGACCCGGGGGAGGGACGGCACCCUGGAGCCUGGGCCUCCUGCCCCUUGGACCCCAGAAGCACCAGGAGCCUUCCUCCCGACGGCGCCGGGCUCCGCGGUGCCCACCCUGGCUCAGGCCGGCUCGGCCAGCGGCAGCCGUGUCCCGGAGGCCCAGCCGGACCCCAGCCUGGCUGCCGCGAACGCCAGCUGGGAAGUGGGGAACUGGAGUGAGUGCUCCACCACCUGCGGCCUGGGUGCCGUGUGGAGGCCCGUGCGCUGCAGCUCCGGCCGCGAGGACGGCUGUGCCCCCGAGGGCCGGCCCCAGCCCGCCCGCCGCUGCCACCUGAGGCCGUGUGCCGCCUGGCACGCGGGCAACUGGAGCAAGUGCUCCCGCAGCUGCGGCGGAGGGUCCUCGGCGCGGGAGGUGCAGUGUGUGGACACGCAGGACCUCCGGCCCCUGAGGCCCUUCCACUGCCAGCCGGGGCCAGCCAUGCCCCCCGCCCGGCGUCCCUGCGGCACCCAGCCCUGCCUCAGCUGGUACGUCUCUUCCUGGAGAGAGUGUUCGGAGGCCUGUGGCGGGGGCGAGCAGCAGCGCCUGGUGACCUGCCCGGAGCCCGGCCUCUGCGAGGAGGCCCUGAGGCCCAACAGCACCCGGUCCUGCAACACCCAGCCCUGUACCAAGUGGGUGGUGGGGCCCUGGGGCCAGGUGAGCUGCCCGCGGCCACCGCUCAGGUCUCUGCCCCGGGCUCUCGGUCACCUCAUGCGGGUGGUGGCCGGACCAGGUCCCCAGCCGGCUGCUGGGGGAAAGGAAAAGGCACGGGCAGGCUCCCUGGUGAGGAGGGCCCUGCGGGUGGGGUCGUGCGACUCAGUGGUUCGCGGCAGAGGCCCGAGGGGAAGAGCAGACGUGAGUGUUCCGGGAACUGAACUCCGAGGCGGCGGGGGGGGGGGCCGGCCAGACACCUUCCUGCCGGAGCUCGGGGUUCGGGUUCCCCGUCCUUGCUGCACCGGCCAGAGUGACUCUGGGCGGGUGGCUUCACCUUGCUGGGCCUCGGUUUCCUCAUCUUCGAAAUGGGGGUGCCGCUGCGAGGGGUGGCCCAGCCUCCUCAAAUCCCAGCCUCCAGGCCUGGCGCAGAUGCUGCCCGCCCUGACCCCAGCCUCAACCUGGCGGGCAUCCCACGGCCCUGGCUCCUGCCCACCUCUCAUGCUUGGGCUCCGCGCCAGGGGCACUGUGGUGUCUGGAGGCUGCGAGCGGGACCGCCUGGCCUUUGGCUUCUGUGAGACCCUCCGCCUGCUGGGCCGCUGCCAGCUGCCUGCCGUCCGCACCCAGUGCUGCCGCUCGUGCCCCCCGCCAGGCCACGGAGCCGCCUCCCGCGGCCAUCAGCGUGUCGCCCGCCGCUGACCCACUGCAGCCAGGUCAGCCGCACAGACGGACUGUCCCAGACGCACAGACCUCAUGCCCCGGCGCGGGCUGCACCCCACAGGUGCUGACCCGGCCCGCUGACGGCGGGCUAGGGACCUCUCCCCCAAGAAAAAUAUUUUUUUAACAGUUUGCAUAACAUUAUUAUUAUUAUUCAUAAACGAGCACUAUGGUUUUAAA